AUGCCUGAUACUUCAGAAAUUCAAAGUAGCAACGCCGAGAAAACAGAGUUCUUAAAGGGCUUAAAACUACGGAAAGUAGAACCAUUGUGGACUAUGAUGUCUGCCAUGGUCCCACCAGUCCCUCAGCCAAAGGCUAGUCCUGCUGUAUGGGAAUAUAAAGAGCUCAGACCAUUGCUUACUAAUGCAGGUCGUCUUGUUCAUGCUGAAGAGUCUGAAAGAAUCUUGAUGUUGGUCAACCUAUCUCUUCAGUUUUCUCUGAUACACCAUUACUUAAGAAUUUAG